CCUUCGCGGGCGGACGUCGACAAGCCUUCGAGCGUAGUCGCUGCCUACGCCGUAGGCGCGCUGAGAGACGUAAUAAUGCACUAGACAAUUGAAUUUAAAAACCGCGACGGCAGCCUGCCUGAUUGAGCCCAGUGGACUAGAUUUUUUUCUCUUAGUCGGCACGUGAACUACGCUGACUUUUUGUGAAUGCUUAUAAGUGUAGGACUUUUAAUGGCAAUGCAACAAACAAAUGGGUUUUUGAAAUUAUACGAGAUUCCGGAAAUUAAUUUUAACAAAAAUAUGAAGACAUCAACUGCGCUCAUUCUGCUCAUCCACUUAUCUCUGCACACGGUGGAUGAAGGACUCGCUAUAAAUCCGGGCUGUACUUGCGUCCGCUUCACGUCGACGCUCGGCAAGGAGCGCGGCACGUUCAGCAGCCCGGACUACCCGCGCGCCUACCCGCCGCACCUCGACUGCGUGCUCUACACCUUCCUAGCCGCGCCGCACGAGAUCGUCGAACUCGUCUUUACAGACUUCGACGUCUACAAGGAACAUCUCGA